ACCUCAUUUCCCAACAAUUUAAUGAACACGCUUUAAAUCCCACUAAUGACAUCGCUGAAUACAUCAUCAUAAUCCUCUUUCAAAACUAACCAAACAUCACAAACUUUCACACAUUUCAUUUCACCAUUCACACAACAAACAGAGAAAGAAAAAAAACAGAACCAUAAACCAUGUUUGAUCCAACAUUUGAUCCAACAAGAAAACACCAUAACCCCAAGAACUCAUUCGAUUUGUACGAUGAAACACGACAUGUAACAUGGGAAUCUGCUAAUUCUAAUAACAUGUGGCCUUUAAAACAACCUCAAUUUGGUAUAGAUGACGAUGAAACAGAACUAAAACCAGAACCUCGAUGGGGUAUGAACUCUCCGCAUUACAGAAGCCUUUCUCCGGUUUCGAGAACCGAAGCUAUAAUCAGAGGACAAAAGGAACUCAUGGAAAUGGUUCGGAACAUGCCGGAAUCAAACUAUGAACUUUCGUUGAAGGAUCUUGUUGAACAUCACCACAGGGAUGUUUUCACCACCACAGAAGAAAAUAAUAAUAAUACAGAAGAUGAGAAGAAGAAGAUGACUACGAAGAAGAAGGUUGAUGAUGAUAAGAAGGUGCCUGUGAAGAGAAAUGAGAAAGUUGAUCAUGGAGGUUUUUACCUGAAAGUGGCUUUACCGUUUAUUUCUUUGGGAUCUAAUAAAGAGAAAAAGAAGAAAAAGAAAGAGUCGAAAGUUUCGCCUAGACCGUCGAUUUCUGAUGGAUCGGUAAAGGAGAAGGAGUGGUGGAAGAAGAGUACUCCUUUGGUUUAUAAAGAGAGUGAUGACAGUGCUGCUGAAUCUAGUAUUGUUAGUAAUGGAAGCUUGAAAAGCUCUGUUAGUAGUAGUAGCAAAAGUAGUAGCAGCAAAAGCAGAAGUAGCAGAAGCAGAAGAAUAACAAGUAAUAGCAGCAGGCGAGAGAACAGUCGUGGUGGAUGCUGGACUAUGUUUCGCAAGUCCAAGAAUCAGAAGAAAAGAGUCAGAGAUUGAUG